AUGCGUGCAUCCUCCCAGCAGGGGGAGCCAUCACUUGGACAAGUGAUGACGACGAGGCCUGCAGAAGGAGGGACCCAUCUGGCACAUCGACUGGCAGAACUACGUGAGCAGCUACAGAACUCUGCUCUGUACCGCCCGGGCUCUGGCAAACGUCAAUCUCGCUCCGAAAGGGACGAGCGGCGUCAUGACCGAGAACGCCGUUUGCACGAUCGAGUCGAGCGACAAGAACGUCACCCCGGUGGCGCCUUCGACCCCUACUCACGCCAGAGCUUUGACCAAGGUCACGCUUCCAUGACGAAUGGAGCGUUCUCUCGGAUGCAUGGCUCAUCUCGCCGCCAUCGGUCACGAAGAUCUGGAGAAGUCGAUGGUCGGCAUAGGGAGGGACGACAUCAUUCCAGGCGCAGGAAGUCUGCCUUCACUCUGCAAGAAAUCUCGACCAUGGCGAGGGGCGAAGCAAGCGGAUCUCGGUCCAGGCGUUGGGAUGCCUCCUGGCAAGCGACUGGCAAGAAGGAGGCGCCAGUCUUCACAGUUCCAGAGGACUUGGCAUUCAGCUCAGCUCGCGAAUGGCAGGCAAGGCACUUGCAUGCCUCUCGCAGCCGCAGUCAGCGACGUCAGGAGGGGCAGGAGAUUCUUGAUGGAAAGGAUGGAAGUGGCCGCUACAAGCGUGCUGGCUAUGGUGGCUAUGGCUACGGCCGGGGUCAGGAGGGCGAGGCACCAGCAUCAUCAGCCCAACCACCGCGCGUGGAAGAAGCGCCACAGGAGGUGGAAGACACCAUUGAGGAGGAGGAGGAAGAGGAAGAGGAGGAGGAAGAGGAGGAAGAUGAUGAUUUCGCGGAGGAUCCGACACUGGACCCGCAAGAUCACAGACACCGAGAGGAACACAGGCUCUUGCAGGAGCGGCUGAAGCAAGCACAGCAAGAGCUGGAGCAGUCCAGGCAGCAGCAGGAGGAUAUACGCAAGGACCCUGCAUUCCGAAACGAGGUUGCACACCCGGGGCAGUCGGCAGAGCCACAAGCACCAGACUUGGCAGAGUUCAGCUUGGACGAGGAGGAUGACGAGGCUGAAGCUGAGGGAGAUGAUGGUGAUGAAGGUGGAUCGGUGGCUGAUGAGGUAGCUCAUGAAGAUCCGUACGUUGAUGCCUUUGAGAUGAACGAUUCUGAUGAUGAGGGAGAGAUGUAUCGGGCUGCGCUGGAGAGGGCCGCAAGACAAGCAGGUGACUCUGAACAGCAGGCCGACUCCUCCGACGCAUCCCCUGAUUCCGAGGCGCCCGAAGCGCCGGAGACGGUCCCAGGCGGGCAGAUGCCUUCGGAGGCGAAGCCCAAAGUCCCAGACGCCGUAGCGGCCGUGGCGGCCACAGCGGCCACAGCUUCGGCGGCAGCUUCGGCAGCGCCUUCGGCAGCGCCUUCGGCUGCGGCGGCACCGGUGCCACAGGUGAUGCGGAAACCGGAUGCUCCACAAGUGAAGCCACCAAAUGCGGAGGCCAGCACAACCACUGAGCUCAGACCUGUGAUGCGUGCAGUGGAAGUGCGACAGGCACCUGCUCCACGCAGCACGCCACCCACUCCCAGCACCCCAAGCCGUGGAAAUGCCAACAAGAAGCCACGAGUCGUCAACGACUCAGCUCUUGUUGCGGGCUGGCAUGAGCUCCUAGUACGGACGCGGCGUCACCCUGACUUCCCCGCUGAGUACACUUCGUGCUUUGGCACGGUGGGUAGAAACUGGGCGAAAGCAACGCGCGCCAAGGGCCGAUUCGUCCUGGGAAUCGACUGUGAGAUGGUUUAUGCCAAGGAUGACAAGGAUGCUCUGGCGCGAGUGUCUGUGGUGAGCUGUUCUGGUGUCAUCUACGAUGCUCAUGUUCAGAAGCGAGCGGAGGAUGUGUUGGACUACCGCACUCGGAUCUCUGGAGUCGAGGCGCACCACCUCCUUGCGGAAAAUGGAGCACUGCCCUUUGAGCAGGUUCAGCGUGAGGUACUAGACCUGAUCUCUGUGGAGACUAUUCUGGUGGGUCACUCACUCCACAAGGAUCUGCGUGCACUGAAAAUUCAGCACGGGAAAAUCGUGGAUACCGCCCUCAUUUUUGCAGUUGAAGGCGGCAGCCAACGAAGACGGCACAAGCUCAACAGCUUGGUCACGCUGAUGAGGCCAAAGGUUCCAACACUCCAGCCUGUACGUCCCGGGGCACAUGAUCCUCGUCAGGAUGCACAAUGGGCUCUGCAGCUGGCGCUGUACGAGGCUUCUAUCCACCCUGCGACUACCAAGCCUCUCAAGCUUUUAUCUUUUCCAAAGACCAUUUUCCUCAGUGAGAUUCCGAAGGGGACAUCUGCCAAGGAGCUGCAAGCUUUUUUCGCUCAUGGCACAUGUGCGGAGGUGAACUUCCACCUCCAGUCAGAUACAUCUAACUGGUUGGGAACAACCACAGUCACUUUUCUUUCGCAGGCAGAACGCGACAGAGCGUUUACUGACUUGCCUCGUUUCGUGCGUGUCUAUGUUGGCCCCCUGAGAGAUUGGGCUGGCAGGACCGACACAGCAAAGAUGCAGGCCUCUCUUAAGGAGCACUUCCUGAAGUUUGGCCGAGUUCGAAGUUGUCGGGUGAUGGUUCCGAGGGGGUUCUCGUCUGCCCUACCGUCUGGCUUGCUGGAAUGCCAUCCUACGGCUGCAAGGGUGGUGCUUACCAACAAGCAGGCGCAGUCCUUUCCGGGGCAUCGAUCGCUCUUCAAAGUCAGCCUUGCAGAAGCAGAGGCCAACGAGACCCGAUGUGCGGUGCCUUUGUCCAAGAACGGCAUCCUCAGAAGCAUCGAGCAAAGCGACAACGAAGAUUUGCGAAGUGCGGCCGUGGACACCUUGCUGACACUCCUGAUUGGUGGGUGUGUCUUCACUCGAUGUCCGGCCAGCUUCGUGGUGGAGGCAGGUGCUGUGAAGACCUUGUGUGAUCUUGCCAACGAGACUGAAGAUGCUUCGAUUUUGGAGAUUCUGCUGGAAUUGGUUCGCCUGGCUCCUGAAACAAUGCUACCAGACAUUGUGGAACAAGGUGCCGUGCAAGCUUGCGUGAAGAUCCUUGACAAUUCAGGGUCGAGCCCGAUGGACCAGCUUUCGGCGUUGAACCUCCUCUUGGCAUUGAGCAAACGAGCUCCUGCACCGGUUGCACAAAGCAACGCCUAUGAUGUCGUGAAGGACAUCACGAACGUUGCGCUGGUUCCGCGAAGGAACAAGAUCAUGAGCAGAAGCCUCAGACAGCUUGAGAUCGCCUUCUUGCUUCAAAACUCGGCAGCCAAGUGCAGGUCCUUGCUGAGCCUCGUUCGUACUGCCCAGCAACAGCUGGCUGUCGAUUUGAGCGACCGCCAAUUUCACGAUCACUACGCUACUCGCAUUCAGGCAGUCUGGCGACGCGCAGUGGCGCGGCAGCGGGUGGCGAAUCUAGUAGCAUGCAACUACGCGGAGAGCUUGCUCAGCGCAUGUUGCGAGCAACUCACCGCUCGAAUGCAAGCCAAGGCUUUUGUUGCGGCCCGGAACCAUCAAAUUCGACGAUUGCGGGAAGAAGUUACGAAGUUCAGUGGCUUCGUGUCCUACCUCUACCGUCGAGAGCGGGAGAUUCAGAUCCAGGAGCACCUCGACAACGAGAAGCAUCGCCUGCGAGCCGUGCUUUUGAUCCAGGCAUGGUGGAAGGGCUGUUUGGUGCGAGGGUUUGAAGCUGCGCACAAAGCGAAAGAGCAACGAGAUCAGCUCAGGCUAACGACUUCUUCCCAAGCAAGCUCGAAGCAUGAAUCAGCCAGUGCACUAGCUACGUUCUUCGACAAUCCUUCAAGGACAAUUCAGCAGGUGCCCGACGUUGGAGUGGAAGAGAAGGAAAACUCUUCGUCGGAUGAGUCCAAAGCCAGACAGGACGAGCCCGCUCCGAGGUUCCUGCUGCCGCUGAGGAGACUCAGCCGGACUGGCGGCUCUGAGGGAGAAGAGAGGGUUCACCAGCGACCGCGGCAGAUUCACAUCUACUUCUCCGACACGGGGGGUGGCCAUCGCGCCUCUGCGCUGUCUUUGGAGGCGGCUCUGAAGAAGCUCUAUGGAAACCAGGUUUCGGUGACCCUCGUCGAUUUCAUAAGACACGCGAUGCCGUGGCCACUGUCGCAGGCGCCAGAAACCUACCAGACAUUGGGUCACUUCCCUUCCGUGUACAAACGUGCCUGGGACUAUGAUCAAGACAGCGAGACAUGGUGCGACACUACAAGCUACAAGAUGAUGUGGAGUUACUGCCGGGAGUCAGUCCUCAGUUAUUUAGAGCAGGCUGCGUUGGAAUUAGACCUCAUCAUCUCCGUUCAUCCAUUGAUUCACCACGUGGUGAUUGAAGCACUGGAAGAACUUGCAAAAGGUUCCCAACAACCUGCAAGCCGCCAGGACCUCUGCCUGCCGGUUGUCACAGUCGUGACAGACUUGGGAUCUGCGCACCUGUCCUGGUUUGACCCGCGCGCCGACAUGUUGUUUGUUCCGAGUCAGGAAAUAUACCAAGCCGCCAUCAAACGAGGAGUGCCGAGGAGGAAGAUCCACUUGUGUGGCCUGCCGCUGCGGGAAGGCUUUUGGUGCGCCGAUCCCGUGUCUCCUGACCAAAAGCGCCGCCUGCAGGUUCAGUUGGGACUUCGACCUACGGAACGGCCCGAGGUUGUGCUUCUCAUGGGAGGCGGCGAGGGCUUCGGGAAGCUCCUGGAUGUGGCAUGUGCCAUUGGCGAUAAGUUGAUCGGUCUUGGUUAUGGACAGCUCGUGGUUGUCUGUGGUCGGAACGAAGAGGUCCGGAAAGCGCUGGUUGAGCGGCGCUGGACGCCCCGCGGCUUUGGGGAAUGGCUUUUCGAACCCUUGAUUCUGGGCUUCGUCACAAAUGUGGACCAGUACAUGACAGCUGCCGACUGUCUGGUGACGAAGGCAGGACCCGGAUCCAUCGCUGAGAGCAUGAUCAAAGGUCUGCCGUGCCUUCUGACAGCUUUCGUGCCUGGCCAAGAGGAAGGCAAUAUCAGCUAUGUCACCGACAAUGGUGCUGGUGCCUACGUCUCGGAUCAGGAGCCAGAUCUUGUGGCAGCAAAGAUUGAGGAGUGGUUGAAGGCUCCCUGCCACUUGGUUUUACUCCAGGGCGUCGGCGCUGCGAAGAUUAGCACAGCCAGAUGCUGCGCUGGAAAUUGCCCGGAGGUGCACGGUGCGUUCCGGAAGUUUCGGGACGACAUGGAGGAAUCAGUCUGGUCCGUGGGUCAUGAUAUUCAGACUAGUGUUGGUGGCUGUGCCCUUGCUAGCGACGGUCUUAGCUUCAAUCACCGGUGGUGCCAGAUGUACUGCGAAACCAACCCGGACUGCACUGUUUUCACCUACUACAAGGAAUCCAAGGACUGCUGGAUGUUAGGCACCGCCGUGGUGGAUUCAACUGGACACGGAGAAGAUGUGAUUAGCGGGCCCGAAGACUGCGACCACCUACUCCCCGGCACUGCGGGGAAGAUCGAGCCGAACCCCUUGCGGAAGUAUCCCGGCGUCGUGGUGCAGUCGGAGGAGCCCGCCGUCUCAGCACGCGAGGAGGCCGUGUCGGACAGCGCGGCCGUGGCCGACUCGGAGCCUCCGAGCUCGGGCUUCCCCUGGGCGUGGCUACUCGGAGGAUGCGCGGUUGGUGCUGUGCUGGUGGGCGUCUACUGGUGUGCAGCAGGCGAGAAGCGACGGAAGACCUCUCGGGGAACGAAGGUUGAAGCUGACCUGGAGAUCCCGCAGAGUGACCAAAUGCCACUAGUGGAUCCAGGUCCUCUAGUGAACCCUGCGCAGCCGGCAUGGAUCGCAGCGCCUCCAGUGCCGCAGUACUACUCUCAACAGCUCCAAAUGCAAGCCCCGCUUUACCAGCCCAGCUAUCUGAGCUACCCAAACCAGGUCUACUAG